GUUGUGUUGACAUUUUUGUGGUGUGUGCCUGCCGUGUUUGAGCUAGCUAGCCAAUCAGUUCCUUUGAUUCUCUCUUACUCGAUUAUUUUUCUUCUUAUGAGUCAAAUACUUCAUGCAAAUCCUCCUUUAAAUACAAGAGGCGAUUUCGAGACCCAGAACUACAGAUAUUGAAAGAAAAGCGCAGAGAGAUCGGCUAGCUGCAGCUAUGGAGUUUGCUCUGUGCAGAUCUGGCCAAGAAGGUGAAUCAGUCAAGGAAGACAAGAGAAGUGAAUCUACUGCUGCUGAUAAUCAUGAAGCCGCUCAUCAUCAAGAAGAUACUACUGUUCUCGAGGUACCACCCAUGAAAAACACCACCAAUAGAUUCGUCGUGGAGGCUGGACCACCUCAUGCAUCCUCAGCCAAAAAUGAAGAGGUUGAUGGUGAACUUGAAUCUGCGAGAGUAGAAAUGGGUGAGGUGAGAGAAGAAAACCAAAGGCUAAAGAUGUGUUUGGACCGAAUCAUGAAGGAAUAUCAGGCCCUGCAAAUGCAAUUUCAUGUUAUGGCUCAACAAGAGGCAACGAAAUCUUCUGAUCCAAAAGCAAAUGUUGAUGACGAGCAAGAGCCAGCUGAGGAAUCGGAUCUGGUUUCCCUCAGUCUCGGAAGAGUUCCGGUUGCCACCAUCAGUAAACCAAAAUCUGACGAGCAAACUAAAGUCAUCAGCAGCAGCUCCAAACCAUCAUUACAUUUACGACGAGAGGAAGAAGAAGAGGGAUUCAAACAAGACUUGGCUCUUGGACUGGACUGCAAAUUUGAAACAUCAAAAUCUGGAAGCACCACUGAAGCUUUGCCAAAUCCAAGCCCCACCAAUAGUUCUGAAUUGGUUCCCAAGGAAGAAGCUGGGGAGAGCUGGCCACCAAGUAAGGCACUUAAAACUGCCAGAGAUUCCACAGAUCAAGAUGAAGUUUCCCAACAAAAUCCAGCUAAGAAGACCAGAGUUUGCGUGAGAGCAAGAUGUGACACCCCAACUUUGAAUGAUGGAUGCCAAUGGAGGAAAUAUGGGCAAAAGAUAUCCAAGGGAAAUCCUUGUCCGAGAGCUUAUUAUCGUUGCACAGUUGCACCAAAUUGCCCAGUAAGAAAGCAGGUGCAAAGAUGUGCAGAGGACAUGUCAGUUCUGAUCACUACUUAUGAAGGAAACCACAACCACCCUCUUCCUCUCUCUGCUACCGCUAUGGCUUCCACCACUUCUGCAGCUGCUUCCAUGCUCUUGUCUGGUUCGUCUUCAACCUCUAAUCUCCCUGGUUCAGUGCCGUCAUCAACAACUGCCGCCAUUGGCUCUGAUCUCCACGGCAUCAACUUCUACCUCUCUGAUGGCUCCAAACCAAAGCAAUUCUACCUCACCAAUCCUGCACUGUCACCUUCACCCUCACACCCAACAAUUACCCUCGACCUCACUUCCAACCCAUCCUCUUCUAAUUAUUUCUCUUCACACUUCAAUAGAUUCAACUCAAGCUACAAUAACCCCACUAGAUUCCCUUCUUCAGCCAGCCUCAGCUUCAGUUCCUCAGAAUCCAACUCAAAGUCCUGGAGUAACAAUGUGGGGUUCUUUGGCUACAGCUACAACACUCAACCAUAUAAUAAUAACAGGAACAUCCUUAGCAGCAUCAACCUCGGAAGACAACUACUGAUUCAAACUCCUCCCCCUCCCGCUCCCGCUCCCGCUCCCGCUCCCGCUCCCCCUCCUCAAGUACAAAAUCCUUCGCUGCCAGACACCAUAGCUGCAGCAACUAAAGUGAUAACAGCUGAUCCAGCUUUUCAUUCAGCUUUGGCCGCUGCGCUUUCUUCCAUCAUCGGCACAGGAAAUAAUGGUAGUGUGAGUGAAAGUAGCACACAAGGUGUUGGAGAAAUCAAUCCCGGUCAGAAAAUUAACCUAUGGGGAGAUAUUUUUGCAGCUUCUGCAGCUGGAUCAACCUCCAAAAUUAGUGGAUGUGCUUCUAGCUUCUUGAGUAAAACGACGCCGGCUGGUACACAAUCAGGAAGUAGUGGUUUGAUGUUUCUACCUCCAUCCUUGCCAUUUUCUAGCUCCAAGACCGCGUCUACGUUAUCACCGACUGAUAAUAGAGACAGGUCCAACAAUUCUUGACGGGAAUUUUCUCUUCGUGUCAUGAUUUUUUCCCCCUUGUACGUAAGAUAGAAGAAGAAUCUUGAGCACGCGCACACAUGAAUAAUGUUAUGUAUUUGUACAUCGAGUCUUGAUUUUGUUGAUUUAAUUAGGAAAGGCGUAGAUGAUGAAGAUUUCUGUAUGAAUGGUAGUACUCACAGACCCAUUAUUAUACAAACAGAGAAAGGGUACCUCCAUUCAUUCGGAAAAUUUUCUAUAUAUUUGUUUUCUAGAAAGACGUAGGGAGGGGGUCUCUCCUUUUCCUUCAUUUCAUUUUUCUCCACUUCUCAAAUCUUUAUCAUUCAUUAUCAUUUUAUUAAAUAAUUUUUUGAUUUAUAGAAUAAAUGAAGAGUAAAUAUUGGAAAAGUGGAGAAAAAAUAAGAUAAAGAAAAGGAGAGACUCCUCUCCCAAGAACGCGUGGAUUGUUUUUCCUUUUUUUUUUUAAUUGAUGAAAGUUAUUGUACAUAAUGGACAUCAAAUAAAUGUACAGAAUGUGAUGUGUACUUUUGUAUAA